AUGAACGUCAGAUCCUUCGACAACAAAAAUUGGUUCAUCAGGAAUGCGAUCUAUGUUAUCAUAACUGAAGACUUCACGGAACUCACUGAAGGCUUGAUUGAAUUAAAAAAUGAAAUGUCCUGGAAUCCUCGAGCACAAUUUCUUAUUUCUACGAAAAACGUCUGUGACACUGAAAUCCAAGUAUUGUUUGAGCAAUUUUUAACAAUGAAAAUCUACGAAGUUGUUUUUAUAAACUAUAAAAAUAUGGAAGCAAACGUACACACAUACCGGCCUUUCCAUGAUGGUAACUGUGGGGAGUACAUUGAAGAGAUAGAAAACCUCGGAAGCUGUUCAGAAAAUAAUGCCCGUGGCUAUUUCCCAAAAAAUAUCACCGAAGGUUUAAAAAAUUGUAAAUUCAGAGCACUUAAAUAUAAAUACAAUAGUAGUUUUACAUAUGCGCAUCACGACAAAUUGCCGAUUGUAGAGCAGUUUAUUAUAGACACUUUCGCUGAAUUUACAAACUACACUAUACAGUAUAAAAUAGUUAUAGCAAACACGCAAAUCAACUAUGGCAUUGUCUUACCACACGGUAAUGUCACAGGUUUGCUGGGUGAACUGUACAACAAUGUUGCUGAUAUUGCCGUGGGGUCGACCGUCAUCAUCAAGAAUAGAGCAGACGUCUUCGAUUACGUAUGUGGUUUCAAAGUAGCUACUUUCAAAUUAUUCACUUCUGCCUUAGGUAAAGAAAUAUGGAAAACAGUAUAUACAGAGUUUGAUACUAAAACUUGGCUGCUGAUUUUGUUAUUCUACGUAAUUAUCGUAGUGGCAUGUAUAAUGCUGCUGAAUAUGCAUCCGAAAAUACCUUACAGUCACACAUACCUAAUCGUCAAAUUAUGGGGAUUUUUCUACCUAGGAAAUGGUGCUGAACCGUAUUCGAAAACUCGAAGGUUGAGAUCAGUAACAGCUUUUUGGAUCUGGUUCACAUUCUUCAUCAGCAGUUUCUACAAUUCUGAUAUGUACGGUUUAAUUACUGGACAUGUGCAGCGCAAGCGACAUAUAGAACCUGAACAACUUGCUUCAAUACCCUACCAACCAUGCAUCAGCACUGUGAUCUCUACAUUUUUCAUUUUCGCUUACAAUGAAAAGCUCCCCGAGAGCUUGGAUAUACCUGCGUGUCGUACAAUUGACGGAGCAUUUGACAGAGUCGCUAAUGCUUAUGAUCUGUACACAGUUCAACUUAAGGAAUCUUAUGUAGAAAGACAAAAAGAUUUUAUUGAUAAAGAAGGUAACCGUAAAUUGGAUAUUUGGGAUUUUUACAGCGACAUCGUUCUUGGUUUUUAUGUGACCAAGGGAUUUCCUGUAAGGGAUAAGCUACAAAGUUACGCGCAGCGCAUGUAUGAGACAGGCUUGGUUGAAAAUUAUCUCAGAAUUUUGAAUCCCCUAAGAGGAGUAGUGGACCACCGCAAAAAAAGAUUAGCGACACCAUUCGUUCUAGAUGAUUUCAUAGUACACUUUGCGGUACUUUUUGUGGGCUCGAUUCUAUCAACGAUUACUUUUGUAGCCGAAAUUAUUUAUUAUAGGAAACAGAUGAAUAACUCGCGUAACGUUUUAGUAACCAACUAG